AUGGCGAGAGCGACACGGUCCAGUGCCCGUUUGGCCGCCAGUGCAUCGUUGGCCGACAGCUCCGAGGCCAACUCCAAGGCAACUACCAAAGCCACCACACAAGAUUCAGCCAAGAAAUCAAGGUCCUCACCACUACAAUCAGACAAGAGGAAACGUGCUUCUUCCAAGGCGGCCAAUGGAACACCAGCGAAGAAGGUGAAGACGGAAGACGAGGCCCACACGUCGUUCCUCUCCGAUGUUCCUCCUUCAACGCCUAUCAAGAAGGAAGACAUCAAGUCUGAAAGCCCUGAGAAAAAGCCAAAAGUACCCAAGUCACCUCACGACUUGCAAUCGAAGAAGCUCAAGGCCUACUCCCAGUAUUCUGACAAGUCUCCCUUCCCGGACUUCCUACACCCGACACCGGAAGAGUGCAAACUGGCCCAUCGUAUCCUCGCCAAGUUGCACGGCAAAAGAGAACGUCCCGCGGAGGUCAAGGCCUCGGCGGACCGAGCCGGAUGUGGAGACUCACCCAGUGUUCUCGACGCCCUCGUCCGGACUAUCCUCAGUCAGAAUACGAGUGACACUAAUUCCACCCGCGCCAAAAGGAGCAUGGACUCCGUCUACGGCGGCAGUGAUGAGUGGGACAAGAUCGUUGAAGGAGGCAUACCGAAGCUCCAAGAAGCCAUUAAGUGUGGCGGCUUGAGUGCGGUGAAGAGCAAGGUCAUCAUCAGCAUCCUCACUCAGGUCAAGGAGAAGUACGGGUCGUACUCCUUGGAUCAUCUCUUCAACGCCAGCAACGAGGACGCCAUGCAGGAACUCAUCAGCUUUCAAGGAGUUGGGCCAAAGACAGCAAGCUGCGUGUUGCUUUUCUGUUUACAACGAGAGUCUUUUGCUGUUGACACCCACGUGUGGAGAAUCACAGGCUUGUUAGGGUGGCGUCCCAAGAGUGCCUCUCGAGACGAGACACAUGCGCACCUGGAUGUGAGAAUACCGGACGAGGACAAAUAUGGGUUGCACAUUCUUCUCGUUAAGCAUGGCAAGGUAUGCAGCGAAUGUAAAGCCGGUGGCAAGAGUAUUGGGAAGUGCGAACUGAGGAAGGCCUUCCGAGAAGAGAAGGUCAAGAAAGAGGAGGGAAAGCCAUCUGAGCUCGAUGAAUAG